ACCGCGAAACAAAGGAAGAAUGAAGUCAACAAAGGUUCGUGAGUCAUCAUUUUUGAAAUCUCAUGAUCACGUUCUUUUGGAUAUUCCCGUCACUAGAGAGCAGAUGAAUCACUAUCGAGCUGCAGCUGAAACUGCUCAAAGUGAACUUGCAGCACUUUCAGUGAAGUAUGACUGUGCCCAAUCAGAGCUUCUUAAACUCAGGUCGAGCAUGAUCUCUAAAGAAGCUUCUUUUCAAGAGCUGAAGGCUGAAGCUGAAAGCUAUAAGGAAAACGAGGCUAGACUGACGUCCCGCCUCCUGUCUUUGCAAACACGAAUCCAGGAGAUGGAGGAAGAGCUGUGCGUGCUCGCCGCUUCUAAAACCCAGGCUGAGCUGGCAGCGCAGGUGGCAUGCAAGGAAAAUUUGGAGCUGAAGGAGGAGCUUCAUGAGAAAAGUGCAGAACUUAAUAAAUAUUUGAAUGAGUAUGAAGAAAACAUGACUCAAGCUUCUAAAAUCAGCAAAAACUAUGAAGAGCUCCUUACACAUCUUUCUGGAUUCUUGGACAUAGACAUCAGAGAAAAAGAGAAACCACAAGAACAUUUAACAUCAAAGGUCUCUAACAUAUGUAAAGAAAAUGUGACAUUAAAAGACCAGGUUGUUGCUCUUCAAGAAGCUGUGAAUGGCCAUGAGAUGGACUCUAAAGCUAACAGAGAAACUAUCAUGAGACUAGUUUCAGAAGUGGCCAAGGAGCAGAAAAAGGCAGCAGGAUACUACCAAGACAUGGAAAAACUUAGUAAGGAUCUUGACAGUGCUAUAAUAAAGAGGCAGAGUUUAGAGAUGGAGAUCAGAAACCUCCAAGAGAGCCUGGCUGUUAACCAGAGAGCUUUGGACACCUCAAAGCAGGAGCUGCACAAUCUGAAGAAAUCUUCCAGUGAGUUAGAUGCAAGCUUGAAGAGUAGCAGAGAAGAGGCCAGGACUGCUCAGAGAUCUUUAGAGGCUUUUAAAGAAGAAAUUGCUACCCUGCUCAGCUGUGGAUCUGCAAUAGUUAAACCUUCUGAGAAGGCCAUAUUGGAGAGGAUCCAAGAAAUAAAUUGCAAAGAGGAGAAUAAAGAAAUAAUGGUAUCUCAGCUUGAAACACAAUUAGCUAAAUUGACUAAAGCUUUGGAAAAUCAGACCAGAUUGUACCAUGAAGCUCUGGAGAGGAGCAGGAAAGCUGAAAAAUGUUCUGAGAAUUUCCACGAUCAACUGAAGCACUUGGAAGAGGAAUUAUUAACUGGAAACCUGAUGCAAGAUGGUUUGAAGCUUGAGAAACAAAAAUAUCUGAAAUUUCUGGAGCAACUUAAUGAGAAGAUGAAGCUGGACAGUCUAGCAGCAGAGGUUGGAUUUGAUAUGGCUAUGGAUGUGAUUCUGGCCCGGGUAGAGCAGUUGGUGAAACUGGAAGGGGAUGCAGUGGUUGAGAACAAGACUGUGGCAUACAGCCUCAGAAGAAAGUUGAAGGCCCAGAAAGAAAAACUUGAAAACAAAGAGUUGCACAUGAACCUUCUGCGGCAGAAAAUAACCCAGCUGGAAGAAGAGAAGCAAGUAAGGGCUGCCUUAGCUGUGGAAAGGGAUGAGGCCAAUCUUGCUGUCAAAAAGUUACAUAAGAUGAUAGAGAGGCUACAGAAGCAGCUUGAUCUGGCAAGGGAAACAAAUACUGAUCUCAAAGCCAAGCUGUCUGAAACCAGUGAACUUAAGAUCAAAACUUUGGAGCAGAACAGAACAAUAGAGGAACUCAGUAAGUCUCAAGAGAAAUUGGAAAGAAUGAAAGAAAAAGCUGAGAAACAACUUAGAUCUGCCAAAUCAGAACUACUUUUAAAGGAGCGUAAAGCUACUGAAGAUAAAGAAAAAACCAAAAAUAUGUUAGAAACAGUUACUAGUGAGAUGAAAGUGCUUAAAACAACCCUUGCAGAACUAGCAAAAAGAGAGAGACAGCUGGCAGAUUUCCGAGAGGUGGUCUCGCGGAUGCUGGGCCUUGACAUUGCCAGCCUGGCUCUUCCUGACUAUGAAAUCAUUUCACGCCUUGAAGGGCUGAUUCACUCCCAUCAGCACCUCUUCUUCCCCUGUGUCUGCCUCAAAGACAUGGCAAGGACCCCAGAGGAGCAGCAAAGAAACAUCCAGCUUCUUCACUGAACGGAGAUGGAACCAAGUAAAAUUUUCUGUUUGCUUCCUUACCUGCUGGACCUCCACAAGAAACAGAUCCCUAUUUCUGCUUCCUAUUCUUGACAACCAUCUAGGGCUGAUUUUUUAGAACUUCAACAGAGAGACUGGUUGGAAUGGGUAGAGUCAAGCCAGCAGCCUGGAGAUGGCAAACAGAAAAUCCUGGGUAGCUUAAUACUUCAGUUAUGAAAUUGGUAGGCAACACAUCAGCAAUGCCCUCAAUGCCCCUUUCAGUGCAGAGGCAGUGAAGUGAUGGGUCACCCCAGGUCAGCUCACAGUUUUGAGAAGUUACUGGAUACCUGCUUCAGUGGCAUUCCUUGUGUUUUACCUCUAGGUGACAAGGAUGAAAUCAAGUAGGGGUUGUUCUUCUGCUGUUCUUCUUGCCACCUGGGACAUCUCUGCAUUUUUACACAUGAGGGCUUCAACACAAUUGUCUGCAAGUUAGAGGAUUAUCUCAAUUUUGGAACAAGAUGGGUUGUUUUUUUUUUCUGUUGGCUUCUUUUGUCUGCUUGUAUGGCAAAACAAAAAAUUUCAUUUUUGCAGCAAAGGCUUUCUCACAGGGUCCUGUCAUUUGCCUCAUAUAAAUAUAUUUGGUAAAAUUGAGUGUUGGCCUUGGUCAUGAUGUCUUGAAAAGUUUGCUUCCAGCUGCUGUAUUCCUUGGGCAAUUAAUCCGCAUGGCAAUUCUUCUGAGUUAAUGAAAAAUUAUUUUAGAAUUCUUGUUCACUACAGAAAAUAGCUGAGUGUUUAUUUUCAGAGAAGUGAUGAUGAGGUGUACAAAACUACCUCUUAAUCAUAAAAACCGCUUUCUGAGUGUUGUUAAACUUCAUGUUUUUUAAAAAGAAAUAUGGACAAUAAAUCUGUUUUAAUAGCACAUUCAAACUUGAUUCUGUGGUUUUAGUCGUCUCUUCCCAUUAUAGGUUUUGUAUGGUUGUGUAGAACAGUAAAGAUGACUUACUUAUUUUUGUCUUGACCACUUGUGGGCUUUCUACAGUAUCUCAGUGAAUGAUGACCCACUCAGUAAAACUGAACACACUAUUUUAAGAAAAAUGACACUUUUUCAAGUAAGAGUGGUAAUUUGGGUAUCUGGCUGGGGACUCAAACCAUGUUUUUAUUUCUUUGGCUUCUGAAGAAUUGUUUCUCAUUGAC